AUGACUGUUCCAGAAGUUUGUACAAAAAGUUACACGUUAAACACGGGCGCCUCUAUCCCGGCGAUUGGGUUGGGUACAUGGAGGUCGACCGAUGAUGAAUGCUACACUGCAGUAAUGACAGCGUUACAAAAUGGCUACACUCAUAUAGAUACUGCGAGAGUAUAUGGGAAUGAGGAGGCUGUUGGACGUGCCAUCAACGACUUCUUGAAGGAGUCAAAGACACCAAGGGAGAGGCUUUUCAUUACCACCAAGCUGUGGUGUUCGGAAUGUCAAAAUCCCGAAAAGGCCCUGAGAAAAUCGUUACAGAGACUAAACCUAGACUACGUUGAUUUGUAUCUUACUCAUUGGCCUGUUGCCAUUGAUCCCAACUCAAGUGAGUUGAUGCCAACUAACGAAAGCGGCCAACGCAUGGUCUUACCCUUUGAGGAAUGGUCGUAUCUUGAUACAUAUCGGGGGAUGCAGAAACUCGUGACCUUGGGGUUAACCAAGGCCAUAGGGAUUUCCAAUUAUAAUAUACCGAAAAUCAAGAGGCUAUUAGCUGAUCCUGAAGUCGAAAUAGUUCCAGCGUGUUUACAGGUUGAAAUGCACCCAUGUUUACCACAGAAUGAUUUGGUGGAAUUCUGUAAAUCAAACAAUAUUGUUGUGCAAUGCUAUUCUCCAUUAGGUUCAACCGGCGCCCCUGUUUUGCAAGAUGAAACGCUGAAAAAGAUUGCCGCUUCAAAAAAUGUUCAUCCUGCUACUGUUGCAAUAUCCUGGGCUGUUGCUAGAGACACGGUAGUUUUACCAAAAUCCGUCAAUCCAGAGAGAAUCAUUUCCAAUUUAAAAGUCAUUGAAUUAUCUGACGAUUGCGUCAAGGAGAUAUCAGAAAUUGGAGAGAGAAAUCCAAAAAGAGUUGUUAAUCCCGAAUGGACAGUCAAGAAGAAUAUCUUUGAGAACUUUGAUUAUUAUUAG